AUGAGCGUUCAGGCCCCCUGGAUCCGCGCCCUGGGCAGCGAGGAGCUGGCGCGGCUCCGCGCGCCCCCGCGCCGCGCCGCCUGCGUGGAGGUCGGGGCGCCCGCCCGCAAGGUGCUGCUGGCCGCCUGCGGCGACGAGGUGCUGGCCCUGGAUGCCCGCUGCGCGCACCGGGGAGGCCCGCUGGAGCAGGGCGACAUCGAGGAUGUCGCCGGCAACGACGGCUCCGCAGUUGCUCCCACGAUCCGCUGCCCGUGGCACGGCCGGCGGUACUGCCUGCGCACCGGCAGAGAGGUGUCCGCAGAUGGCGCCGCCGUUGGGAGCUGGCCAGCCCAGCGGGUGCACACGACGGAGGCGCGCCCAGACGGGCUCUACGUCCGCUUGAGCGGCGCGGGCGGCGAGGGGGCGCGGCCCUGCCCCUCGGACGAGUUCGCCCAGGUGCCCAGCGCGGAGGCCCGCGGAGGCGCUCGGCUGCCCAUCGCGAUGGAGCGCUCGGCGCUGCAGGCCCUGCUGCUUGCGGAGGCCGCAGCCGAGGACACCGGCGCUGCAGCGGGAGCUGCCCGCGCCGACGGGGGCCCCGAGUUUGUCCCCGACGAGUUCCUCUUCUGA